CCGACUUCUUGUUGGGUAGAGUUCAAGAGCCAGACAUGGGCACAGUACAUGACUGGGUCCAUGAACACCGUGCUCGUCUCCAGGUGGCGUUCACAAGGGCCCAGGAGCGUCUGAAUGCUGCCGCCGUGUGUCGCAAGGAACAUCAUGAUCGUGGCGUGAAAGAGGCCAGAUUGAUCGUGGGCCAACAAGUUUUUCUGAGAGAGCACGGAAUAAGAGGGCGCCAGAAGAUCCAAGACCUUUGGAGCCCCACGGUCUACCAAGUUCUGAGGGCCCCAGUAGGAGAAGGAGCAGUUUACACAAUUGCACCUGUGGACGACUUGACCAAGAGUAAAACGGUGCAUCGCACCAUGAUCAAAGCUAGACUAGGAACCUCGGUCCAAGCCACACCUGUACCCUCAUUCCCUCAAGCUUCACAGGUGCCCUCACUCCUACCAGAUGAGGACCCUGAACCAGAUUUAUGGAUACAGGUGACCAACCCAGACCUUGUCUCCAGGGAGCCUCUACCUACAGUGGAAGCCGCUGAACUUUCCCCAACGAAUCUGCUGGCCCAGACCACUGAGUGCGCUGUGCCCACACCUGCAUCCGCAUCCCCCAUCGUGCAAGAGGACUCUCCAUGCAGUGCUGCUGAUCGUCCCCUUCGACGAACAUCCCGGGCCACAGCUGGGCACCACUCCAAUGUGCAUCACCUGCCCCAGACUGCAUGUCCAUCUAGUAGUGGGGGUGCAACUUCUGCUGUUGUAGCUUUUGGUGUGGCAUUUGAGACACUGAUACACUCUAAGUGUUGACUAUUUAUGUUACAGGUAGCAUGGCUUCGUCAAGUUUGCUUGUUUAGUGUGGUCACGCUGCUGUCUUGUCCAUAGCAUUAGUUUUCAUUUAUUUUUAUGUUUACGUCAUCACAGCUCCUCCGUGUCGCGGUAGCUGACCUGUUUGUGUUGCUCUUUGCUUGAUUGGGAUUUCCCAGGCCUGUGGGUUAUCUUUGGCGGGGGGUAGCUAGUCACCUGG